CUGCUAUUUCGGGAGCGCCGCUGGAUUCUUUGUGUCGGGACCGGUGUCUGAUUUUCGCGGGGCUCGGCUUUGGUUCGAUCCGAAUCGGUUUGAAUCGAGCGCGAAAAGAGGGGAAAGGAAAACGGUAGCUUUGCAUUGAAUUCUGUCGAUAAUGCUGAAGGGAAUGCAUCUUGAUGAGUCGAAUCUUUUGUCCGUUUGUUGUCCGCGCGCGGCUUGUCUGUCGCGGCGGCUGCCGUACGUGCAGCGACGGGACCUUUUGGUAUCUAGGCGAGCAUAGAAUACGAGGGUUGGCUUUUGUUUUUCGAUUCGUGGUGCUUCUUCUUGAAGUUGUUAUGGCUUCGAUUGAUCCGAAGGAGGGGAAUAAAGAGGGGCCGGAUGUUUUCGGUUUUUAUUCUCGCGGAGUAGCCGAGUGGCUAUGUGGGGAGGAUGAUUUUCUGCCCUUCGCCGAACCAGGAGAAGUUGCGGACAAGGACGCGGGUACCUCUGGUUGUGAUGGCAUAAAGGGUGAUGGUUUCUCUACUUCCAGUGCAUUGUUUGAUGAUGGACUAGCCCCCGGUUUUUCGGAUACAAGGAGAGAGAGGCUGAAGUCGUUUCUUAGGCGGGCCGCGUUUGAGCUUAGUCUCGAAGUUGACAAGAUGCAUGAACCAGUGUUGAAGCUGCAUCAGUUACAAACACGGCUGAGAAGCAGCAGGCAACAACCCACUUGCUCGGCUGCCUCAUCUGAUGGUGAUGUAGGGGAACACCCCCCUAAGAAGAUUAAGAUAUCCUCUUCCUCUUCCUCAGCGAGCAUUUCUGGACAUGAGAAUCCUGUUCGACUUCAGCCAAGUGAUGAUGGUUCGGCUGGUAAAAACACCCGAUUAAAAUUCUCUCAAAUGGAUUUGGUAGAAAAGCCAAAAGAUAGUGCUGUUGAGACAAGGUCUGCUCCAUGCCAAAGUCCACAAAUGUCCAAGUCUCUGUACAACAAUUAUAGAUCUAAAAGUGAAGGGGCCACAGCACCUCUUUUGGGUUCAAACGAGGCAGCCAACAAUGAUGACAGAGAUGUCAAUGCUGAUCUGCAAUUUUUGCUGAGAAGUGACCAUUCACGUCUUGACCAGAUGCUGAAGAAAUACACUGAUGAACACUCUAGUAAACUGGAGUAUAUGGGAAAGCAGCUCGAAGAACUUCUUGAUACGGCUGUGUCCAAAUGCAGGUCAAUGACCCGUAGAGAAAAGAUACAGCUUCAGAAACUAAUUCAGAACCUACCGCAAGACAAUCUUGAACGAGUGGUGGGAAUCCUCGGACGUAGCGAUAGUUCGAAAACCAAUCUCCAUGAUGAUAUUACUGUCGACCUAGAAAAGGAGGACAACGGGACGCUCUGGAGAUUAUACUACUAUGUUCGAGCAGUGGAAAAGGCGAGAAAACUUUCAGCCAUUCAAGACACGCAAAUUGACUCGAAUGCGAAGGAGAUGUGAGCAGCACUGCUCUUCUCAAGUUUGGGUCCUUCAUUCAAAGAUAUGCCACUCAUCGCACAAAGUUACAGAGGAAAAAGAGGCUCUUGUGAAUAACAUUUUGCCUA